AUGUCUUCUGAACGCACCUCCAUUACCAACCUCUCACGCAAGGAGCUUCGAGCCGUUGAUGUGCUGGCAACCCAAUUUCGACGCCACUGCUCCUUCAACGAGGCAACUGGUGAGUUACCUGUUUAUAAGAUCCCUAUGAUCAAACAAGCGUUGACAAUGUCAUUAGCAUCAUCAGAGCAGCAUGAGAGCGCUCAGCCUCACCACCAAGGCGAAGAGGCAAAUGUAAAUGCCAAUGAAGAUGAGACGAUGCAUGAUGUGCCACCUGACACCAACGACCAGGCUGGUGGUCAAUCGACUGCCAGAGCAUCACCGAAAAAACCUGGUUUUCGGGGUCCAUACAAGCGCUACAAUGACUUGCAACGCGCACGUACUGCCCUGGAUGUUGGUUUUGGGUACAAACUCGAUUCUGCUGGUGACAGAAAUGGCAUGGCCCAUUCCACUGUCCGCCAUUUGCGGAAUCGGUUUAAGAAGACUGGCACUUUUGCGCCACAAAAGAGAGGGCGUAAGCAAAAGAAUGAAUUCACAGAUGCUAUGAAGCGUUACAUCGUUCGUUUUAUCGACGAUAACCCUUCCGCUGGCAAAGUGGAAAUCCAUUCUGCGCUUGAGAGUCAUAUGCAAUUUUGCAAUGCUCUUCCCGCCCGAUCUGCCAUCGAUAAAUGGUUGCCUCGUAAUGCAGCCAUUUCCCUUGUGCAACGCCAUCUCUUCCCCCCAGCACCAUCUGCCAAUGAAGAAAGGGAGCAGCAACAGCAGUUCACCACAAGAACGCAAGAAUUGGGUAUCACUGUUGAUGAAUGUGUCUUCGUGGGAGAAAUGAGCUACGAUAUGCAACGCAAUCGUACUUAUUCAAAUAAGCCAGCAAAAGCAGGAUGUGAGAUGCCAACGCAUCCUGACAUGAUCAUCCGUGCUGCGUUUACCAAGAGCAUGCCAAUUUGGCUCUAUGGUGCUGAAUGGACCCCAUGCACGGAUCUUGACGCUUGGCUUGAAUUUGUUGUUUGCCUUGUGGACAAGUUACGAUCCCAAGGUAGAGAUCGCUGCGUCUUGGUGUUUGACAGCACCUCAGCCGAAGUGCAACAAGCUAUUGUGCAAAAGCUGAGGUGUUUGUCACAUGAACAUCAAGCGUUUUUUAUCCCACGGGAAACGAACCCGGUGUCCCGUUUCUUUGAAGAUGUCGUUGCGAAGCUUAACAGGGGUAAGCUCAAUACCCAAUCAAAGGAAACGGUGGCAACUCGUCUCUUGGCACUGGGGCAAGAUUUGCUCAAAGAGCAUCCAGCUCAAUAUGUGAGCGAGGCUAUGACCUCUCCUUCCUCUCCUUCCUCUCUUUAA